GGGGGAAAGUGUCGAUUGAACGGUUACUUAUUACUCAGUUUUCUCAGCAACUUACUAAUCCACCAAGUGAGAAUGAGCUUGAAGCAUAUCUUAAGCAUCCAUUUCUUCAAAAGAUUCCUAUACGGCACAAACUGUAUCAUGAAAUGGCUACAUCACCAGAAUUAGCAUUAUUAAAUGUUGGAGACUACUUUAUUGAUGAGGAUGUUGGUCAAACUGGAGAUACUGUUUCCUCUCUAUGUGAAGCUGCACUAAUGCUUACAAUAGUAGGUAGUGAGAAUAACUUGAUUAGUGAGUAUGAUGCUUUAGUUAAACGAAUAUGGCAGAGCCUUGGCCAAAGUCUCCAGUUUGGAUUACAAGUUGAUCGCAAUGUUGUGGAUACAUCUGGUGCAACACAAAAAAUGCUUUGUCCAGAUCUGAUUGCCUUACUGCAUGAUGUAUUGAUAUUCAAAGCAGAAGAAAAGAAGGAUUCUGAUGAGUUUGAUAAUGCUGUAAAAGAACUAGAAUCAAAGAUGAAAAGAUGGGACACAUCUCUUUUUGGGGAAUUACCUUACUUGCCCUGUUAUGCUGCUGCAAAGGAACAAUUUCAAUGGUUUAUUGUUGGAAGGGAUCUAACAGCACAUCCUAUAUCUCCUCGAUAUAAUCUUUCUCUUCUGCUUCAUCGAGUUUUGGUUCUUAUCUCAGCUUUUAAUAUGUUUUGUCUCCUUGUGACAUUAGAGAAGCUGGUACCAUCAAUCAAUAUACCUCUUCCACUUUACAAAACCAUUACUCAUCCUUAUAAUACAACUAUAUGUCGAGUUUCUCACUUUGUUGUAUUGAAAGAAAUUAAGAACUUUCAUGAGUAUGCUGAUGGAGGAUUUACCAACUUUGAUGUUCUCAAGUCAGUUUAUGAGAUUAUCCGAGAUGAUGAAUGCAUUAACGACUCUGUUCAGUAUGUUGAAAAACCAAAGCUUGUAAAACAUAAAAAACGUGCAUAUGGUCAAGAAGAAGUGUCACUGACUUAUUCAGUCACUGUAACACCUGUGUGUUAUCACAGAAAUCCAUCUUGUGAAGCUGAACUAAAAUGGGCCUUAUGGGGAGUACUCACAGUUCUCAAAGUAUUACAUUCGCAUGGUUAUGUUCAUCAGGAUAUAAGGUGGGCUAAUGUUAUGAAAUCUGGAGAUAAUUGGCUACUCUUAGAUUAUGAGCAUUCAGAAAAAAGCGGAAAAAUACCCAGGAUUCAACUGCCUGACUGGCCUCCUGAAGCUUAUAUUUCUUAUGAAACAAGUAUAGACAUAUAUCUGGUAGGACUUCUAAUAUCUAGAUCUGGUAUUGCCAACUUAUCUUAUUCUGCACAUGAUUUAGAAAGUAAAUUAAAACAAAGGGAAAGCAGGCUAUCAGCAUCUGAAGCAUUAAGGCAUGAGUUUUUUGAUAGCUGCAGAAAAUAA